AUGGCUUAUUGGUCCGCAGAAAAUGCCACAAAAGCCUUUCUCAGCACUUUGAAAAUGGAUCAAAAGGCAAAAGAACCAUCGGUUGCUGAAUAUAUAUCAGCUUUAGCAGCUGGAAACAAUGCACAACUAAUGGUAGUAGCUUGUGCUGCUGCAGCUGAUUUAACAACAUUUGCACUAAUUGCUGCUGCUAAUCAAACUAAUGGCAAUGUCAUAUGCAUUGUACCUAACAAUCAAGAUCUACUUGCAUCCAAGAAUUUCAUAGGAGAAGAUUCAAAUAAAGUGAAGUUCAUGAUUGGCAAAGAAGCACAAGAAAUAGAUGUACUAAACAAAGCUGAUUUUGUGGUAAUUGAUUGUAAUCUUGUGAACCAUGAAGAGAUUGUGAAACUAGUACAAAUUGGUGGUGGUAAUAAGCAAAAUGGUGUAGUUGUUGUUGGUUACAAUGCUUUUGGUUGUAAAGGGUCAUGGAGAUCAUGUGGAUCCAAAACUCAAUUGCUUCCUAUUGGAGAAGGGUUGUUGGUUACAAGAUUUGGAUCUGAAAUGUGUAAGAGUGGUCGAAGUCGGUGGAUUGUGAAAGUAGAUAAAUGUACAGGUGAAGAACAUGUUUAUAGAAUUAGAAUUCCACAAGGAAAAGUUAUUUAA